CUAGGUUUGAAAAUUUACUCGCUCAAUGGACACACAUCAACAUUCAGAUAUCUGGUCCGAAAUAAUUAUGCAGUAAACUACGCGUGAACAAGAUGUUAGCCUGCAACGCGGAGGAAACGGGUUUUCUGACUCGACAGCAAUAAGCAUAGAUGGAACCGGAAUAGCAGUUUUUGGCAUGCAGCGUCGCUCGUGAACGAUGCGAGCCCUUGGUCCAUCGCGUGUUUGGCGACGCGCUGCGAGCAGCUCUGCUACGCGACCACGAGCUAGUUCCUUCGUGCAGUUUCACGUGCAUCGAUCAUCGCUGGCACCGCCUGUUGGGACUUCGAGGACUCCUGUCGCGCAUAGUCCUAAUAGUGAGGACGUUGAUGAGGCUCAGCCUGCGUCAACGGCGCCAUUAGAUCAUUCCGAGGAUGUGGAGAGUUCUCGGUGGCUGCAGGGCACGGAUGCAGAAGCAAGGGAGCUGCGGAACGAGAUCUUGAAAGAGUCGGGAAGGGCAGGAGCGGCUGAGCAACUGAUUUCUGGUGCCGGUAGUGGUACUUCCUCCAGCGCCACAGGAGCGUCCGGCCCGGCUGCGGCAAAAGUAGAUGGCAGCAAAAAAGGGACAGCAAAGGGCGGAGGUGGAGCUAGUGGAACGUCAAAGUCGUCGUCUUCUAGCUCCUCGACUUCUAUGGAUGCAGCCGCAGCAACAGGUGAGUCAAGCAGUCCAGACAAAUUUCCAAGUGAAGAAAUUAGCGGUCAUCUGUGGUUUUCCAACAUCUAUCCUGGUCGCAGGAACUUCUUUGACAUACGGCACGCGCUCACGACGCAGUCGCAUCGAACGCUAAUUCCGCAGUUGUUGCCGCAAGAUUCGUUGUCGAUUACUCGCUUCGUCUGCCGACACCGAGAAGGGGGAGUCUACGUGGAUUUUGUAGCCAAUCCACGGUUUGCGAGGUCGAUUCUUCAGCGUAUGGGAGUUUCCAUACAGAUGCGCAAAGACGAAAAGACUAGUCUAGAAGUGCACUCGUUUGUGGCGAGACAGAUAAGCAAAUACAUGCGCGAACACGACUUCAAAGCGCCGCUAGCAAACUUUUACGUGCGUUUAUGCUUGAAGUUUAAUGCUUAAUCGGACACCUUCUUGGUGAAGAUGAAAUACUUAGCGGAACUCAUUGUAUUUGUUAAAAACUAGUUGUUACUAUAAACUGUAGCAGUUCUUACAGACGAUCGAUACCCACUUUGGUAACUGGAAGUCGAAGUUAGUUUAGAAAGAAAAUGGUAUUGAAAGACUGUUAUUAUUUUCAUCUUUUCCCUACUACACGUAAGCGUGGACCAAUUCAGUGAGGGCUUUCGAGGUACUGGGUUCGCCGUUCUACGAUCACUACGAGGGCCGAUAUCCGUCCAACGUUCUCCAUUUGCGUCUCACGGAGGACAUAGUCGGUGGCGCAAAAACACGCACUGCUAUUGCAGAAUCGGCAAAGCGUGAGAAAAAAGCAAGAGAAGAGGUGGAAGGCGAUCCAAAUAGUGGAGACAACAGCGGCCAGGAUGUUGGAACUAUCAGUGCGACGAAGAAGGCGGUGUUUGAGAUAGUUGAAAAGGGUGGCAAGCGUACGAAAAUGGCUGCCAUGAAAGCUAAGAUGAAAGCUUCUUCACGAAAAAAAGAGUCUGAUCAGGAGGCAGAAGCGGCAGCCGCUGAUAAAUCGGGUUCAUUAGAGCAGGGUGAUUCUAGUGGUCAAACACACAAGAUUGUUGACCUUAACUCGCCGAGUUUGCAGCUUGUGGUUCGAGGACAGAACAUAGGAGAAGCUGGCUCUGGUGGAUCUGCCACGAAGGAACAAGAUGAGGCAAAGAAAACGAGUGCACGAAUGCAGAGAGUUUUGGAGGAGGCUGUUUUUUACUCAGAGGAGAACCUGCAUGCCGCGAUGCGGGUCUUCGGCCCGGUCGUAGACAUGCAUUUCAACAAGGAAAGAGCGGAGUGGGAGAUUCAGUUUUUACGUGUGCACUCGGCUGUCGCUGUCCGAAAUUGCUUGCAUCGAGCGCCCUUGCACAAGAUUUACUCUAAUCUGGUCUACAAAGAACUGCGAGACCAGUACGAAAAGGAUGCUUUGAGCGAAAUGGGACUACAAAGGCUUAACACACUCGUUGGGAACGAUGUACUCAGAACUUUGGUCCUAUUCACUUCUCCAGUACUCAACAUUCUCAUGCGAUUUUUACUUUCACCUGUAUACUCUUCAAGAAAAAGAGGGUAUAAUUACGUCGAGAAGAACGUCGAGUAGUAUUACUGUAGUGUGUCGGUAAUUACCUCCAUCGCUGAUGUCUCUCCGACAAAACUUUUACCAGGCCCAAGCCAAUUCUUCCAUGGAUGACGCAGCGGAUACCCGUUCCCGGUUACGCAAGGGGUUGGAGUACAUGGCUGAUCGGGCGACACAGCUCUAUGUCCUGGGGUCCACGUCAGAUCCCGAGGCACUCCGAAAGCAACAAGCAGUGGUUCUCCGCCAGUACAUGGCUAAUCGUGGCCGCGUGCCCUCAACUGCACCACCAAUGCUACCGAAAACAAUUUUAUGCUGAGUUUGUGAAAUUAGUUAAUAAAGUAGGAAGGUCAGCUGAACGAAGAAUGGUCGUAGUUAGUCUUCUAAAAGAACAAUGAAUUGUUCUCUCGUUCGUUGUACCAAUGCUUGUACCUCAAUUACUCGUUGUAGUAGAGGUCUUAGUCUAAUCACACCGGCCGAGUUUCGUUCCGACAAGCUUCUAGCAGUCAAGUAUAAGCAGACCUAUGAUCUUCGAUCAAUGCGGGAGCAGUUGAUAGCGAAUUGGCGUAUGGUCGCCUUACUCGCCAUAGCCGGCGUCGGACUGUGCACUACGUUUUUGUUUGACCCGAUGCGGCUCUUCUUUGUCAAAGGAAGGAUUCAUCUCGCCUACGUCGUAAGCGGUUCGCCAACAAAUACGGAACUCGAGCUGCGGGAUAAUAAGGCACAGAAAAAAGAUAAAAGUGAAGCCAGCUCGUCGUUACUGGAUUCGGCUUUAGCUACACUGUGGCGCUGGAGCGAAAGCCUGAGUACUAGCUUUUUGUUGACUUGCCUGCCGAUUUUUGCCAUUUGUAUGCCCUGGGUUUAUUUGUUAUGCAACUUACGAGCACAACAUUCCCCAUGCGUACAACUGAGUCUUUCCUUCUAGGUCAUGCUUCGAGUCCAAAUUUUUUGAGUCCCUCCCUCAGGUUCCGUCUACGCUUUCCGCUUCAGCGGUAGCGGCAAGCGCUCGAAUCUUGCGACAUCCCUAGCAAUCCAGCGUGAGGCGGAUUUAGCAUCUCUGCGCCACUGGCUGCGAACGGAUCCGCCAGAGCGGGUGAUGCUGCUGUCAGGUCCUCGCGGAGACGGGAAGGACUUCGUGGUCCACAAGCUCCUGGAAGGCACUCCAGGCGUCAUUCACUUGGAUUUUGCGCCAAUGCUGGCACGAUUCAAGGAAGAGAGGUUUGUUGCGCAAAACUUGACGAGAAUGUUUGUUAUGAGAAGAUAUAUUACUAUCUCGAUCUCCUGAAUAACUGGGGUUCUUGAUGACUUCAUUACGAAAUUCUUGACUACUCCGACAAGCGCAAGGUGCUUCUACCUGCCUCUAAACCGUGUUAUUUUCCAGCGAUGCGAAUAUUCGAUGAGUCCGCUGCGAUACUAGAUACGUUCGUGCCUGGGGCAAGCAAAGUUGCCGGAGGUAGUGGUAGCAACGCUCCAGGCGAAGCGAUCGGGAACAUGCUAAUGCGCAUUCUAUCUUUCACGACUGUAGCCCUCAGCGAAUUCAAAACGGAGAGAGAAGACUACCGUGAUACGAAAUAUCCACUCUUUGUUAUACAGGUACUACCGUUACCCAUUGGUUGUAGUACACGUCACAAAAGACGACGAUCAAGGGGCAGGAACAGAAGGAAGAAUUAUUGUAAUUUUGAAAAAAAAUAUUCACAUUCCACACGAAUCUAUCUUGCUCGUUUAUCAUUCAUUUCAACAUCAGGGCUUCACGCAAGAGAAUCACGGAUCGAUCCCGAAUUUCUUGCGGACGAUAAUUCAAUGGGCCGCUUUAGUAUCCGAACAGAAACUCGCCAAGGUGGUAUUCGUUAUCGACGGCAGUUGGAGCCACACUCUAUUCCAAGAAACUUUGAAGCAUAGACCAGAACUGCUAGAUGAACUGGUAUGGGGCGACGCGCCAGAGGUAAUUGUCCGGCGAUGGCUUCGCGAGUUUUUGAAGGUUCACUGUAGCGAACGCGAUGGUCCGAGAGAAAUGUUACGGCGACUUGCGUACUAGAAUUCAGCUUUUUCACCGUCACCACAGGCCAUUCAGUUUCAUCUAGAUGUCAUAACAAUUUGAGAAAUUUUCCCGUGCAACAACAAUUUGAGAAAUUAUCCCACCGAGACCGAACUCCACGUCGCUAAUACAAGACGCUAUGAUCGAUCGCGUGAUCGAAGUGCUUGGAGGCCGCUUGUCGGAUCUGGAGAUUUUUGUGUCAAAAGUGGAAACUGAUGGGAUGCAUCCUCAAGCGGCUCUGUCGGAGAUGGUAGACGCGUCAGCCUCUACAGUGCGGCAGCUGCUCGUGCGCGGAGAAAAAGACACCAGUAAAGACGAACUGUGGAGUCGAAAUCAACUGUGGCGAGCAAUUGAAAUUCUAGCCUUAAAUAGUGUGGGAGAGACGAGCGAAAUUGGAGUACCUUAUGACAGCUUUCUGGACUACGUAAUGCGCGGAGACGAGCGCGUGUUGCGGCACAUGCUGGCAGCUCAGCUUAUCUCACGCGUCCAGGAUCUGUCGUGCUCCGUUCCGAACCAGACACAGACUGGGGCCGUUAGUAGUGGUAGCGCCAGUACUACUACUACUACUACUACUACUACUAGAGCAACUUCAUCUUCAGACGCCGAGUUAUCCAAUAAAAAGCAGUACAUCCGAGCUGGGUCAGCGCUGUUUGGUGAGGUAUAUUCUCAACUCUACAGCGAGCGCGGGCUACGCGCCAUCUACGGCUUAGCCACGGUAAAAGAAGACAUAGCCAAUGUCGAGAACGCUCUCAAGGGAUACGAAGAUCAUUAUGCAUGAGGGAGUUACUUCUAGAAUCCAUCUGAAUGGUCUUGAACGACUCAUGGAGCUACGCGAGAUUUUUCAUCUUUUGGUUGAGAAAGGCUAGUUGUUGUAGUCAGGGUUUGUUUAGAUCAUGUAUUCUUGCCCAGCGAAAAUUCUGCAGAAGAACAUUAUUUCCCCUUGCGUUUCUUCCUGAGUCCCACGUUCAUCAUUUGCUGCGGCACGUGUACGAGGCGGAGAAGGAGGCGCGCGAAGCGGAAAGUUUUCGACAUGAGUCUUGGCUUUCAUGGUUGAGGGACCUCUUUUCGAGGACAGUAAUACACGACCGAAGGGAGGAGUUGGAGACUGUAGUGAUGGAGACACGCAAACUGCAUCUGCUACAGCGCAUCCUCAAAGAACAAGACAAGCUUCGCCUACUCUCAGAACGGAAGGACGCUUACUCAGGGGAGAUGAAGAAGAACAAGCGGAAAAUCGUACCUUUUGCUAUUUAAGAUAAAUGAGAUAAGAGGGACGGUCGAAUGCCCCAUCUGUAAUCGAAGUCUCUAGUAGAUUCUACAUAUUCAGUUGCUAAUACACCUCUAAUCAGUCGCUUUUGAUAUGCAAUUACUAAUCCUAAAAACUCGUAACUUUGUUUUGUGCAAUUACUAAUCCUCAUAAAUUCACCUGUGUAUUCAAUCACCUGUCGUGACCAGUGUUUUUUUUGUAACAGUCCGUGAAAAUGAAUAAAGUAGUUUUCGAUGAAGAAACUUGUGUCUCGAAACGAAAACGCAUGUUUGAUGGAUGAAGAACAGUCAAUCUCAAUUUUCUAGUUUAUUUAGCACCGGUCGUGUCAAAAACUGACAUCUGAACAAUUGCUCCAAGAGGAUAGCUAAAAUUGGAACUUGGAACUUUAUAGUGGCGCUUCAUCGAGUCGACCAGGCGCCUCUGCUACGCU